AAUCUUUUUACGUCAUACUACUCUUUUUACGAGAUUUUUUUUCAGACAGUAUUUUAACUGCUUGUAGCAGCGAAACUGCUUUAGCAAAAGAAAAAGAAAAAUAUUUAUACACAAAAAAGACGUCCUAGCUAUAUAAAACAAUUAGCUAAUGGAAACACAGCUCUAUUUGAAAGACGUUACUGCCUCUUGUGGGUAAUGUAGUUUACUUUUCAACUGAUGAAAAGAAUUUUCCAUAAAAAUGACUACAACUCCCAAGACGCACGAAGUGAAACAAUGAAAUCGAGUCGUUUAGAAAAAAAAGCGCUUUUCUGACGAGUUUCUCUGGAACAUGUUGGGGCAAGUAUGUAAAGAACCGAAAGCUAAACUCGUAUUUUACCACGAACUACCUCGAAACUUCUUCAGCUUCAUAUUAUGGUUGUGUAUAUAAUAUAGUCCACAGAGCUUAUUUUUACCCACAGUUGCGAGAAUGUUGACUCUUAGCCGUGUUUUUGUCUCUGGAAGCAUGAUAGUCUGUCAAAGCACCGCCCUCUCAGUGAGCUACUUUUCUGCCUGUCAUUGCCUGACAUAUCCCAAAAAGAACAGUCCUUACAGCGCAGUGGACAGUGAACGUUACUCCUCUCUCGUGAAGGCUGUCAUGUCGUCUAGGGUCAGCUCUCAGACUCCAGAGAGCCUUCAGGUGGAGGACGAGCACAUUUAUGGACCUGUUGUCAAAGCUCAGAAGCUCUCCAGACCAGAGAUGAGGGAACCCAAAAUCCUCCAUCCUUUCCUGAACCCAGAAGGGGCCCUGACCACAGAUGAAUCAGGACCACCGGUCCACAUUCAGCUGAAUCGAGGCAAAUCUUUUGCACCGAGUGUGACGCGGAUUCUCCAACAGACUCUGUCUACUGAGCAGCUCUUCUACCUGGACCGAUGGAAGAGGAGGAUGGUGGCUGAGCUGGGAGAGGAAGGCUUCAAACAAUACAGUCAAAGUAUAUUCAAGCAGGGGAAGCUUUUCCACUCUGCUCUGGAGGAGAUUCUGAUGUCAGGGGUGGCGUGGACACCAGGGACGUCAGGGACACCAGAGCAUCCACCUGAUGUUCAGGGAUACCUUCAGAGCAUCUCCCACAUUCUGGAGGACGUCAGGGCGGUGAGAGCCAUCGAAAGCACGGUGCAGCACGGCCCUCUGAACUACCUGGGCGUUGUAGACUGUGUCGCUCGCUACAGAGGUGUCCUGUGUGUCAUCGACUGGAAAACGUCGGAAAAGCCCAAACCAUUCCUGAGCAACACCUACGACAACCCUGUUCAAGUGGCAGCCUAUGCAGGAGCUUUGAAUGCAGAUGAAAACUACGAAUACCAGGUGGAAAAUGGUCUCAUUGUUGUGGCCUACAAGGACGGCUCGCCUGCUCACGCCCACCGGCUGGACUCGGAGCUGAUGUCAGAGUACUGGAAAACAUGGCUGCUGCGCCUUGAGGAGUUCACAGAACAAAGGGCCAAUCAGGGAUCAACAGCUUCUGCAGAGAAGAAGUGAACAAACUCACUGCUCUGCAAAAACAGGAAUUUGAUUAUUGGGCAGUGGAAAAUGACUUAUUUUAAUUAUUCUACUACACCAACAUUUUAAGUUAAUUGUCAGAAGUUAUUGAAUCCAAACCAGACUUGUCUGUGGGACGGAUCUUCAGUGAAUCCCAUGCUUGUAAAGAGCUGGUAGGAGACAGCGUUCUCCUCCUCCACAAAGCAGAACACGGGGUAGCCCUGAGCCUUCAGGGUCUUGGCCAUGCUGCCGAUCAGGGCUUUGGCGUAGCCCCUCCCUCUGUGCUCCGGCAGCGUAUACAGCAUCCCCAUGGCACAACACGCAUACGUCAGGAUCCAGGACACCGGCCUCCCCUCGGGAUCCAGCACGCAGCGCGAAGGGAAAUGGGCAAUCAUGUCACGGAUCAUUCCCAGGGUCCCCGGAUGCUUUCCGAACUUCCAGGUCUGAUUUACCAAGUCAAGGUGGGACUCGCUGAGGGAGCUCAGGGAGAACCCCGAGGAGAACCCUGAGCUGUGGAAAAGAAGAGCGCAAUGUAGAAAGAAAGGAGAAAAUCUUUAAUGCUAGUUUUUUAUUGAAUAAAACCAUGUUUUCUGAU